AUGAUCUCGACCGUUUCCUUCGGCCCUUCGCCGCCAGGCGCUCGCAACCGCUUGAGCACAAGCUCAUCGCCCCAGCCCUCCAUGUCGUCCGCUAGCGACUCCCCGUUUACCACUCCCAACUUCGAUUCGAACAUAUUUAGCCCGUCGGAAUCACAAUCAGAGGAGCGAUCAGAUGUACGAACGGGUUCCCUCGAAGUAGUACCCAAGGUGGAAGAGACGGAACUUCAGUUGGCCGAUGUCAAGGAAGAGGCGUCUCCGGAAGACACACCCAUCUCCCCAACCGAACCUGUACGGAUUCGCCGCGCCCGCGGCCGACCCAGGAUACACCCUCCUCGCUCACCUACCACUCUUGCUAAGCAAGCAAAAGCCCGAUCGAAGACGGGGUGCACAACAUGUCGGAAAAGGAAGAAGAAGUGCGACGAGACCAAGCCAUUCUGCCUGUCGUGUCAGAAGAACAACAUCCAUUGCGAAGGCUACAAGCCCGUCGAAAUCUGGAAGAGUGGAAAGGAACGGGCUGCAGAAGCUCGGAAGCGAAGUUCGGAUGUCAAGUUCGACCUCCCGCCUCUCAUGGAAGGAGUCGAAAAUGAUCUUGACCGUCAGCUUUUGCAACAUUUCUCCAGCAGAGCGAGUGCUGUCCUAACGUUACACGGGGACAAGUCGUCGAACCCCUUCACCAAGAUCCUAUUGCCCAUGGCACUUCAACACGAAGGCCUGAUGCACUCCGUGCUGUGCCUGUCGGCCUCUCACAUGUACUCGGUCACUCCACUACAGGAGUACGAGGACAGGCAGGUCUUUCACCGGGGCAAGGCUUUGCAGCUUCUCAAGCACGACAUUGAACGGCAAAAAGCUGGUGAAGGUGGUGUAAUGGUCUACGAGGACUCUAACGUUGCUCAGAUAUUACUGCAUCUUCUGCAUUCCAUCUGCGAUGGUAACACUUCCGGCGAAUACCGGAUGCACAUGAUAGCAGCAAAACAGAUCGCCAUGACACAGAAGUCUUCCAACCCCGAGUUCCAGACCCUGUUCGACGAAUUCUUCUACUACCACUGGAUCGCCAGUCAGAUCACCUCCCUUGACGGCACCGAGGUUCCCAUGAUGGACGACUUCAACCUCCCUUUCAAGAUCAGCCCGGAGACCGCGGGGUUGAUCGGUGUUUCUGACGGACUCUUCGGCUUCAUAUCCAAGAUCAGCAACCUGCGACGAAAAAUACGCAGUCGCAUUGACGACAAAGAGGAGCCUGUCAUGGACUACGAGGCAUUACUCGCCGCCCAUGCCAUCGACGCCGGCCUUCGCGGAUGGGUAUGCCCCCAUCCACCCGGAUCUCCGCGCUACACCAUCUCGAUGCUCUAUCGCCAGGCAACCUGGGUCUAUCUCUACCGCACAACGAAAGACUCGAAGCCACACCCAUUCAUCAAGAGCGCCGUCGACGACGGCAUCCGAUACAUCAACGAACUGCCAGCGGAAGGGUGGGUCCAAAGUAACGUUCUACUUCCCCUGUUCUUGAUCGGGUGCGCGGCAUUCGAGGAAGAGCAGCGUGUGGAGAUCAACCGGGCGUUCAACGGCCUCAUUGCCUGCACAGGCCUAGGCAACAUCGGCUUCGCGAAAGAAGUCGUUGACCAGGUCUGGGAGCUGAUGUCAUCCCCCGACCCAGAGGUGCAAAAGGAGAGCUGGGAUUGGGAGAGGCUGAUAAAACUCCGGGGCUGGGACUUUCUCGCUACGUGA